ACCUAGCAAAUGUUGCAAAUAUUCUUGAUCUCACGUUUGGGUUCAGCGAGGCCAGAACGAUGCUCAUAUUCAUCUCAUCUUCGACUUUGAUCUUCACAGGGCUCUCUGUUGACUACUUCGCUUCGUCCCUGAUGAACCCACUUGGACCUGUCCGUGCCGACCCGGGGAGCUGGGAAGCUUGCGCGUAGAAUGGCACCGAUUCGGACUGGUGUGGCCAGGAUGGGUGAUUGGCGUGCGCGAUAGUGCCUCAGCCGCGCAUUGCAGGACAGGUUCCGAGUCAUCAUCGAAACGUUGGAAUCUGAAGUACUCUAGUACUACCAUGUGAACUGCCGCCGUUGAAUGGAUCAGAAUAACCGCGCCAGUCACUUGUCAUGCAUCCAGCAGGUGGGAUGCUCACAUGGAAACUCUGAACGGUUGGAACAGGUUCAAGAGGAGGUGAGAAAAGGGAGCUACCCCUGUUCGGUCCCUCCUUGCUGAUUCUCCACGGGUCCACUGGCUGUUGCCCACCGCUCCACCGCUCCCCCGGGGUCGCCCACUUUGGACCCGCGCCUUUCCCUUUCUGGGGGCGCGGGCAACAGCAUCUGAGGCAUUCUGGAAGCGAGUGACCAGUCACUGAGCUCCUCAUUUUUUUCCUCGUCCUCCUCACAGCAUUUGUUGAACCUUCCAAGACGAAUCGCCCAGCAGGUACGGAUACUUUCAUUCUCGCGCCUGGCCUCUUUCAGGUACGGUGCGUGCUGUGCUCCUGCCUUACCUUGUACCUCAUCUGUUGUGUUAUCCGCCAUCGUCCGAUUCCAUCGCGGCGGCAGUUGGGGCCAAAGCUUCCUGUUCCUGCGGCCUGCGCGGCAACAGCCAAUUCAACAUCGAUUGCGACUUGAGAAGAGAGCAAUUACAGUUGACACGGCCAUCUCUUAACUACUAGUACCUACCCCUUCCUGUUCUUUCAGAACAGCAUCCAUUGCCGUCCUGUCUACACCAUCCAUCCAUCCAUCCAUCAUGUCAGACGUCGAGAUCAAAGAUCAGAUUCCUGCCCCUGAGCAGCAGCAGGAGGAGCAGGAGGAGCAGGAGGAGCAGCAAGCGGCUCCAAGAGAAGAGGCCACCCCGACACCUCCCCCAGCACCGCCGUCUGGGUCCGAUACCUCUCCCAAGGCGAAAGCUGGAGCAGGAGCAGAAGCCGCCGCUGCAAAGAAACGUACCGCUUCGACCUCUACCGCUGGUGUCCGCCGUCCAACCGGGACUAGCAGUGCCACUGGCAAGCCAGCUGCUGGAACCGCAACACGAAUAGGCACCGCAGGUGGCUUGACUAGACCCUCGACGACACGGACGGCCGCUGGUUCUACGGUUCCCAAGCGCCCAGGCACCGCCGCUUCCUCUGUGUCCCAUCGCUCCCAGCCUUCCCAGUCCGAAGAUGAGAAGAAAAGGCCCACAGCUUCGGCGACACGCCGCACCUCGAUCCUGCCCGGCGGUGCCGCUGACUCUCCGGGUAAGGCCAGCAGAACAAGUACCAUUGCCGGUAGCACUGCCGCCGCCAGAAAGCCUGCGGCCGCCGGCACCACCACGGCAUCCCGGUCAGCUUCUGGCACGGUUCGAACAACAGCCACGACCGGCUCGGCUCCCCCGACUACCACACGCACUGCCACCAGACCACCGACCACCGGCGCCGUUGCCGAUGCUAAGAAGAGAUUGUCGACGGUCGGAGUCUCCACUGCUGGUGCCGCUCCCCGACAUGCUGCUCGUCCCUCGUUGGCCUCGGGCACAUCUGCCACAGCCGCCGCUGCGGCUGCCGAGUCUGCCAAGGAGACCGAGGAGCUCAAGGUCAAGCUGUCGUCUAGUGAGGCCGAAAUCGCGGAGCUCGAGGCUCAGAUUGCUUCUCGCCAGGCCAAGAUUGACGAGCUCACAGAGCAAUUGAGUGCCGCCCAGCAAGCGAAGCAGGAAGCUCCCGAGUCCGCCAUCGAUCAGGAUGUCUUGGAAGCUCUCAAGACAGAGCAUGCCGCCGUGAUCGAGGAAUUGAACAAGAAGGUCACAGAAACCGAAGAACAGCUGGCCUCCGUCCAGGCCGAGCUUACCGCCAAGCAAAGUGAGCUUGCUGCUGCCGCAAGCGCCAAGGAAACGGCCGAGGCCGAGAUUGCUAGCCUCAAGCAGAAACUCGAGAGACGGCAGGCGGACCACGAGGCUGAGCUCAAGAACGCCAAGGAGAGCCUCUCGGGAUCGGAAGAGGAGAAUACUGCUAAGCUGGAGGCACUACGAAAAUCCUUGAGUGAACAGUACGAGGCAAAUGUUCACGCAUUGAAGGAGAAGCAUCAGGAGGAAAUCCAGCAGGUCAAGCUCGAAUCUGCCGGUACUCAGAAGGAACUGGUGGAGAGAGGAAACGAAAUGCUCGAGGAGUUGCGUGAGAAGAAUAAGCGUUUGGACAAGGAGGUGCAGGAUGAGGUUGCGCGACUUAGGGAAGCGCUCGUAGCUGCCGAGGAGGCGGGAAAUGUUAUCAAGGCUGAGAUCGCGGGCAAGAACGAAAUAGUCGUUGCCUUGCAGACGCGUAACUCUGAGCUCGAGUCUGAACUCUCCGCCGUUCGGGACGGGCUCAGCAAGGCCCAGAGUGCUCACGCUGAGCUCGAGAAGAUUAUGGCCGGCUUGAAGGAGGAGGCUGCUGCCAAAGAGGCUGCUUUUUCCAAGCUCAAGGAAGAGCAUGCCCAGUUGACAGAGGAUCAUGCCAAGCUGACAGCUGCUCACGCCAGUCAAACCGACCACCACAAUGAACAACUCAAACAGAUCAGCCAGGACUACGAAAAGGAGAUUGAGGAUCUCCGUGGGGAUGCCUUUUUCAAGAGAAAGUUUGAAGAAUUGGAGGCCAAGCAUGCCGAGCUUGUUCAGGCUCACGAGCAGGCCGUAGCAGGUCACGCACAAGCUCUUGAGGCUGCCAAAGCCGAACGCGACAAUGCCAUCAACGCGCUGAAGGCCAAGGAGGAAGAACAUCAACAAGCUUUGGAUGCUCUGCGUGCGAGCCAUGCCGAAGAGCUGGAAGGCGCCAAGAGCGUCACAAGGCAGGCCCAGGAGGCGGGCGAGGAGGAGAUUCAUUCUCUCAAGGAGAGCCACAGCAAGCAGAUUGAGAUAUUGAAGGAGGAGAGCAAAGCCAGUUUGGCCAAGGCGCUCGAGGAUCUUGAAGCAGGCCACGCCGCCGAACUCGAUGCCGUUCGGUCCGCUGGAGAUGUCAGCCUCCAAACCCGAAUGGAGCAAUUCGAGAGGGAAGUCGAGGCCAAGCACGCUGAGCAGUUGGAGCAGGCGCUGCAAGAGGUCCGGGCCAAGCAUGCGGAGGAGGUUGCCAAGCUGACAGGCGACUUGCAAGCUGCCCAAGCCAUGGCUGAGGAGCUGGAAGCGGUGCUGAAGGACAGCGAGGGGCAACGGGCUGAGGCCAAGGCCUUGAUUGACUACCGCGAGGAAGAAAUGGCCAAGCUUCAAGCCAAGUUUGCUGAACUGGAGGCAUCGGUCAAGGAAAUUCAAGCGAAAAAUGCCGAACUCGAGGCAAAGAACGCCGAGUCUGUGACCAAGCACAAUCUCGAGUUGGAAGCCGUCAAUGCUCGUCACGACAGCCUCCUUGCCGAGAUCAAAGCCAAGUAUGCCGCUGAUUCCGAGGCCCAGCUCAAGGGCUUGGAGAAGGAGCAACAGGCCAAAGCGGAUGCUGAGGCGGCCGCUGAAGCUCUGAGGGCGGAGAACGUCAAGCUGCAGCAAGAGGUGGAUGAGAUGGGUGGCCAGCUUGCCAUGGAAAAGAUGGAAAAGUUCACUGCCCAGGCGGAAUUGGACGCUGUCAAGAAUGCCAAACAAGAUACAAGUGAGAUUAAUGGCCUCCGCGAGCAGGUCAGCUUUUUCCAGGCACGCUACGACGCGGAUGUGGCCAAGGCGCAGGAAGCUGCCAGCAAGGCCAGUGCUGAGGUUGCCGCUCUCGAGCAGGAGCUUGCUGCUGUUCAAAAGGAUCUCGAGGAAGCAGAGAAGAAGGUCGAGGUUGGCAAGGCCGACUACAAGGAUCUCCACGAUAUCUUUGUGGAACAUGGCAACAGCAAGACGGCUCUGGAGAACGACAAGGCCGAGCUGGAGAAGCGUCUAUCCGAGGUGGAACAGCGGCUCUCUGAGGCGGAGCAGCGGGUAUCCGAGGCCGACAAGGAGGUUGCAGAGCUCACGGCGCAGCUCAAGAUCCGGGAGGCCGAGCUUGCAGAGGUCAAGACCAAGGGCGAACCCGCCAAGGGCCUCGCGGCGAGCCGGUUUGCGCAACCGGCGGAGGAGAAUGGGAGCAAUGGAGUACCCGCAGCGGAAGGUGAGCCUGAGCUGGACAACUCUUCGGCGGCGCUAGCUUCGAUCGCUAAAGCCCAGGCGGGAAUCAGCCAGCUUGCCGAGCUGGACGACGACAUUGCCAAGUCGAACCAGCGAAUCCUCCAGUCCAUCACGGACGGCGUGCCACAGGCGUCAUCAGCCUAGUCGGACGGUGCUCGGCUUGUGGUUCUUUGUGAUUUUAUCUGUUGUUGCUAUAGCCGGCUGCUCCAGCGAUGGGCGGCAGCUGGGAAAGUUUGUAAUGAGGAGGGUUCUCCAGCGGACGGCGGGGGGGCGGCCGAGGUCAGGAAGGCUGCCCGAUCGUUGUGUACAUUCGCAUUCAGCUAGUUGCUAUUUUAUACCCUUCGGCUUUUUAUGCUUGUGGGCGGGUUUCUUUUUGGUGAUGGGGACAUGCCGGCUGUUGUUGUUGUUGCCAAGAGGAGAUGAUGUUUGGAUGCUGGAAGGAAAUGGGGGAAGAAGGUGAGGUAUUGUUCAAGGCAGGAAGUCGAAGGGGGGCCUACCUAAUACGGGAGUUUGUCUCUUGUAUCUA